GGAUCCUGAAGUUUUGGCCGCGGUGGAGGCAGCAGUCGGGAAACAGCAGAUGUCAUUUGUCAGAGUGAACCGUUGCGGUCCCUGGGGAGGUGGAAGAAAAGCACUAAAAGUAAAGAAGAAGAAAACUUCAGUGAAGCAAGAAUGGGAUAGUACUGUGAAUGAUCUAACAGUUCAUCGGGCAACUCCUGAAGAUCUGGUACGUCGUCAUGAAAUACACAAAUCAAAGAAUAGAGCAUUAGUACACUGGGAACUCCAAGAAAAAGCUUUGAAGAGAAAAUGGAGGAAGCAGAAAUCAGAAGCUUUGAAUCUUGAGAAAAGAAGAUUGUCUAUCAUGAAGGAGAUUCUUUCUGAUCAAUACCAGAUGCAGGAUGUAUUGCAGAAGUCUGAUCAUUUGAUGGCUUCAGCAAAAGAUCUGUUUGUUGAUAUUCCUCGAAGGCGCACAGGGUUUCCAAAUGUAACAAUGGCUCCUGAUUCCUCUCAGGGUUCCAUCGUGGUAAAUCAAGACCCUAUCACCCAGUCCAUCCAUAAUGAAUGUGUCAUUGAGCCUCAGGCUCUUAAUGAAGUAGAUGAUGGAGGAGAAGAAGGAGCUGUUAAUAGCCAGUCAGAAGAAAGUGAGAAUGAGUUGGAUAACUCUUUAAACUCUCAGUCUAACAUGAAUACAGACAG